AUGGCUGCUGAAGUUCCUACCUUUAAAUUAGUCCUUGUCGGUGAUGGUGGUACCGGUAAGACCACCUUCGUCAAGAGACAUCUUACCGGUGAAUUCGAAAAGAAGUACAUCGCCACCUUGGGUGUCGAAGUCCACCCAUUGGGAUUCCACACAAACUUCGGUGAGUUGAAGUUCGACGUCUGGGACACCGCCGGUCAAGAAAAGUUCGGUGGUUUGAGAGACGGUUACUACAUCAACGGUCAGUGUGGUAUCAUCAUGUUCGAUGUCACCUCCAGAAUCACCUACAAGAACGUGCCAAACUGGCACAGAGACUUGGUCAGAGUGUGUGAAAACAUCCCUAUCGUGCUUACCGGUAACAAGGUCGACGUCAAAGAGCGUAAGGUCAAGGCCAAGACCAUCACAUUCCACAGAAAGAAGAACUUGCAAUACUACGACAUCUCCGCCAAGUCCAACUACAACUUCGAAAAGCCUUUCCUCUGGUUGGCCAGAAAGUUGGUCGGUAACCCCCAAUUGGAGUUCGUUGCCUCCCCAGCCUUGGCUCCUCCUGAAGUCCAGGUUGAUGCUGACUUGAUGCAAAAAUACCAACAAGAAAUGGACCAAGCCACUGCCAUGCCAUUGCCUGAUGAGGACGAUGCUGAUUUGUAA